UUGGCGCGUAGGUUACAUUUAUUUAUUCAAAUGGAAUGAUAAAACAGAAUGAAAACAUGGUCCAUCUUAACCCAACUAACUGUAUUAUCAAUUUUAAAAUACCUGUUUACUUUUUAAAUCGCACAAUUAGCGCUUAGCUAACGAUUAGUAAAAUUUACGAAUAUUAACUUUUUAAAGGUAAAACAAAAAGGGGCUGCAACAAUGCAUAUUAUAAACCCUUUAUCAAUAAUAGAACGUGCCGAUUCAAUAGAUCCCAGCUCUGCUGUAUAUCUUUGUGACGGACGACCCACCUCUCAUCUAUUAUUGCUUCGCUUGGUUGGUAACAGAAAGGGGAAUACCCGCAGAACGGGAUUUUUUUAGUUAUUUCCAGAUAUUUUGGUGCAUCGCGCGUGUUAUAGUUUUGUAAAAUCCUCAGCGACCAAAAUGGACGUUCUGUACCCAUCGUUGAUUAAUAUUGAAGGUCGUAUUUACUGUGAUUAUAAUUCAAGUCACGGACAUAAAGUUGAUGAGGAAUCAUUCGAUGACGUGUUGGAAGAAACCGAAGAUUACGAAACCAAUGACAAAAAUAUAACGACCCGGUCAAAUGGGAUGUUUGAAACAACCAUCAACACAGCAAGUGCAUUGUUUAAAUAUAUCAUCGGGACGAAGGGGGCAACGAAACGAACCUUGGAGUUUGAAACAAGAACGAGGAUUGAGAUCCCUCGGCGUGGCACGGAGGGGAACAUCGUGAUUUCCGGGAAAGAUAAAUCAGGUGUCGCGUCAGCCCGAAACAGAAUUGAACUUAUAGUUUCAGAGAAACGAUGGAAACAACAAUUUACACACUUUGUGUCGAUACCUCUGGUGAAUGAAGAGGUGAAAGAAUCGUUUCACGAGUUCGAGGAAGAUGUGAUGAUGAAGUUUUCAUCUUCGCGAGGGGUUUGUAGAAGUAUCUUCCAAAUCCCAACCAAACUUCAUCUUACGAUUUGUACCUUGACCCUGUUGAAUGAAAUAGAAGUUGAAAAAGCAAAGGAAGUGUUGAUGGAGUGUGGGGGAAGGGUGGUCGACGUUCUUGAAGGAACGUCGCUUAAUAUUGCAUUGAAAGGAUUGGAAUACAUGAACGAUGAUCCUGCCAAUGUAGAUGUUUUGUAUGGGAAGGUGCAGAGCUCUGAUGGAAGCGACAAGCUUCAAGCGAUCGCCAACCUCUUGGAUGAAACCUUCACGAACGCUGGAUUGUCAGAGAAGCAAUACGACCGAGUGAAGCUUCAUGCUACGUUACUAAACACCACAUUUCGUAAAGUAGAAUCAAGGCAAGCCACUAGAGGGGGCAGCAGGCAGAGAGAAUCAUUCGACGCGACCAAAAUCUUGGCUGCUUUUGGGAACUUUAACUUUGGGAAAGUAAAAGUUGACAAAAUACACAUGUCCGAACGAAUGACAACCGAUAAAAAUGGAUAUUACUUUCCAACUGCUACAAUCGCGUUGCCACAAUAGUGGAGGAGCUGAAAACACUGAUCGUUUGGUCAGCUACAAACAUGACACCCAAUAUGUAUGGGAGGAUUUUCACCCCAAACUUUCUAGUUUAAAAACCAAGAUCAUUUUCAGUGAUGUUUGAGAUAAAAAUCGUGUCAUAAAUGGGGAUGUUAACGUUUGUUUUAAAGUUCCAAGCUGUUUUAAUCAAAUUCUACAAACAAAGUAAUAAAAGUUGUUCAAAUUUAAUGACUUUUAUUUUUUAUCCUUAGUGACCUUCUGACAGUUUUUUCACGUUUCACAACAUUUUCAACUUCCAUGUUUUCCUUUUGUUCGGACUCUACAUAAUCGUACACCUGAUCAUCCGUCGUCACACGAACUUUAUUAAACAUAACUUCCUUCUC